UCUUGUGUGAGUCGUCGACGUCUAAAAUUUCCAAAGAGUCGGUCGCCUUGUGAUAUUGUAAGAAUUCAGGGAUUAGCAACACCCGCUUUGAUUUCUCUUCGAGGAGCUAAGCGUAGUACGAGAUGAGUAAUGAGAAUGUCGAAUUUGACUUGUUGCAAUCACACGCAACAUAAUACAGCUGUAAUCACGGUAAUUGAGUUUUGAGAAAUUUCAAAGUGUGUUUUGAAAGGACGGAGGUGAGGAUGACGUCGUGGGCCUUGUUUUUCGCAGACGCGAGGAGAUCUCCGGAACGCUUCGACACACUUCCGCGAAGAAUGCGGGGAUGUCGCGAGCAGCAAAGGCUUUCGUGCGAGCCGCUCGAGCGCCACAAUAGCGCGGAAUCCAUCCGAGUGCCCGAAUACAUGGCGGAUUCUAGGCCCACGUCUGUCGAGAGCCUGACGGAGGUGACGGAUGCUGCAAAUAGCUCGGCGUCCACGAGUUCCGCCAACAGCAGCGUAUCGAAUAUCUCGAUGGAACCGAUCAAGCUGGUAAACUCGCUCAACAGCGCCAGAGCGCUCCUCAAGAAGAAGUCCUUAGUGCAGCUCAUUAACAGUUACAUCAAAGCGGGCAUCGAGGAAGGGAAGCGGCAGGCGAAGAAGUACAUUCGCAAGGCGCUGUCGUUCGGCAUGAGAUCGGGUUACCUGAUUCCGGCCGACGCGCAGGGCAACGUGCUGCGCGUACGCCCGACCCUGAUGAACAGCGAGAUCAACGACGCGGAGUCUCGGCGGAAACGGCGCAUCGCCCGGCGCGGCGAGCCGCGACCGACGACGACGGGCGAACGGAGAGCGAUGCGUCGGCGAGCGCCGAUCGGCAAGACGUCGCGUCGCGGCGACAUCCCCGUGGACGACGCGACGGCAUCGAGCAGAAGGAGACACCCCACCGCGAGUCGCGACAGGAGCUUGAACGCGAAAAACGACAGCCUGAGAAAAUCGCCCGGACGAUCGAGACCCGAGCGCGAGAAAAACAAUUCGAGGAGCGGCGAAGACGCGCGUAAAAAUAGCAAAACCAACGAGAGGGCCGACAAUAAGCGAGGACGACAGCGAAGACGGGGCGACAACGAGGACGUCAGAAAGCCAGUCAAACGACGUCGCACGACUUUGUCUCCGCGACAAGCCGCGGAUAAUCACCAGCCGUCGGCCGUGGAGAGUUACGAGAACGCAGACGUCCGGGAUCGCGUUCGGCGUGAAAGCGACGAAGAUCAUUACAGGGCAAUAAACGGAAGGCGGAAGACGACGACGCCGCCGCGUCGGGAGAACGACUCGAGGAUGGAGAUGCAAAAGACCCGGAUGAAUGUCGACGACGAUCGCGAUGUCGAGCGUAACAACGACAACGAUAACGACGACGGCGACAACGACGACGAUGACAAUAACGAAAAGUCCGAAGACACGAGUGUCGAGCGCGACGCGGAUGGCACCACCGGCGAAACGGGUGUUUAAGGAAUUGAUCGCCCAUCCGGAUUGCACUCCCCCCGGUGUCUUCCUCGGGAGCGAGGAGCUCCUCGUGUUUGUACCGUCUUGACUAUUGCUUGUAGAAUGUAUUUGUUAUAUGCACUUUAUACAUCCGUUUUUUAAAUCACACUUUUGUACC